GUAGCUGUGGGGCAAUUGAAAAAGAGCCGGCGAGGAGUUCCCCCAAACUUGUCGGAACUCCGGGCUAGCACCAGGGCAGGAGAGGAGCGGGCGGCGGCUGCCGGGCGAUGGGAAUGCGGGCGGGACGGUGAACGCUCUCCAGGUUCUGGCUGCGAGGUCGCGGAGAGAGGCCACGACGGGAGUCGCCAGCCGCGGGACCCAGGGCCACCGGUGCAGUCCCGAGAGCGAGGGCGACGACUUGACGGAGAGACCGUCAGUUCCAGGUGGCUGAGGACCGCACGCCGCGUCCGCGCUGCUCCCCGCAGGCAACAGGAGACCCCCCUGCGCAGCGCGAGCGCCGAAGCCCGGUCGUUCGCUUUCCCCUGGAGGGACAAACUUUCCCCUAACCGAUUCAAACCCUUGGACCAAACUUGUCGCGCGUCGCCUUCGCCAGGAGCAGUACGCGCACUGCGCUCACUUCACCGGAGAGAUGUCCGAGCGCAAAGAAGGCAGAGGCAAGGGGAAGGGCAAGAAGAAGGACCGGGGCUCCAGCAAGAAACCCGCGCCCGCGGAGGGCGACCGGAGCCCAGCCUUGCCUCCCCGAUUGAAAGAGAUGAAAAGCCAGGAGUCAGUUGCAGGCUCCAAGUUAGUGCUUCGUUGUGAAACCAGUUCAGAAUACUCCUCUCUAAAGUUCAAAUGGUUCAAGAAUGGGAAUGAGUUAAACCGAAAAAACAAACCACAAAACAUCAAGAUACAAAAAAAGCCAGGGAAGUCAGAACUUCGAAUUAACAAAGCAUCACUGGCUGAUUCUGGAGAAUAUAUGUGCAAAGUGAUCAGCAAAUUAGGAAAUGACAGUGCCUCUGCCAAUAUCACCAUUAUUGACUCAAAUGAGAUCAUCACUGGCAUGCCAGCCUCAACUGAAAGAACAUAUGUGUCUUCAGAGUCUCCCAUUAGAAUAUCAGUAUCAACAGAAGGAGCAAAUACUUCUUCAUCCACGUCUACAUCUACCACCGGGACCAGCCAUCUUGUAAAGUGUGCAGAGAAGGAGAAAACGUUUUGUGUGAAUGGAGGCGAGUGCUUCAUGGUGAAAGACCUUUCGAAUCCUUCAAGAUACUUGUGCAAGUGCCCAAAUGAGUUUACUGGUGAUCGCUGCCAAAACUACGUAAUGGCCAGCUUCUACAAAGCGGAGGAGCUCUACCAGAAGAGAGUGCUGACCAUAAGCGGCAUCUGCAUCGCCCUGCUGGUGGUCGGCAUCAUGUGUGUGGUGGCCUACUGCAAAACCAAGAAACAGCGGAAAAAGCUUCAUGACCGGCUUCGACAGAGUCUUCGUUCUGAAAGGAACAACAUGGUGAACAUAGCCAAUGGGCCUCACCAUCCUAAUCCACCCCCGGAGAACGUGCAGCUGGUGAAUCAAUACGUAUCUAAAAACGUCAUAUCUAGCGAGCAUAUUGUUGAGAGAGAAGCUGAGACGUCUUUUUCCACUAGUCAUUAUACCUCGACGGCUCAUCACUCCACAACUGUCACCCAGACUCCUAGUCACAGCUGGAGCAACGGGCACACAGAAAGCAUCCUGUCGGAAAGCCAUUCUGUAAUCAUGACGUCAUCAGUAGAAAACAGUAGGCACAGCAGCCCAACUGGGGGCCCAAGAGGACGUCUUAAUGGCAUAGGAGGCCCUCGCGAGUGUAACAGCUUCCUCAGGCAUGCCAGAGAAACCCCUGACUCCUACCGAGACUCUCCUCAUAGCGAAAGGUAUGUAUCAGCCAUGACCACCCCGGCUCGUAUGUCACCUGUAGAUUUCCACACGCCAAGCUCCCCCAAAUCGCCCCCUUYGGAAAUGUCACCACCCGCCUCCAGCAUGACGGUGUCCAUGCCCUCCAUGGCAGUCAGCCCCUUCGUGGAAGAAGAGAGACCUCUGCUUCUUGUGACUCCACCCAGGCUGCGGGAGAAGAAGUAUGAACACCACGCUCAGCAGUUCAACACCUUUCAUCACAACCCUGCGCAUGAGAGUAACAGCCUCCCCCCAAGCCCCUUGAGGAUAGUGGAGGACGAGGAGUAUGAAACGACCCAGGAGUAUGAGCCAGCUCAAGAGCCUGUUAAGAAACUCGCCAAUAGCCGGCGGGCCAAAAGAACCAAGCCCAAUGGCCACAUUGCCAACAGGUUGGAAAUGGACAGCAACACAAGCUCUGAGAACAGUAACUCAGAGAGUGAAACAGAAGAUGAAAGAGUAGGUGAAGAUACACCUUUCCUGGGCAUACAGAACCCCCUGGCAGCCAGUCUUGAGGCAGCACCUGCCUUCCGCCUGGCUGACAGUAGGACUAACCCAGCAGGCCGCUUCUCGACGCAGGAAGAAUUACAGGCCAGGCUGUCUAGUGUAAUUGCUAACCAAGACCCUAUUGCUGUAUAAAACCUAAAUAUACACAUAGAUUCACCUGUAAAACUUUAUUUUAUAUAAUAAAGUAUUCCACCUUAAAUUAAACAAUUUAUUUUAUUUUAGCAGUUCUGCAAAUA